ACUAAGUGUGGCCUUUUUCUUGCAGUGACGUAAGCGUUGAAUUAAGGCCUUUUUAAAGGUGACCUGAUCAGGCAGUGUUCCAUCCGGACCUCAUUGAGUAAAAGUACACCGAACGAGCUUUCGUGUGAUUGGCAAGUUGGAAUGCCUCACUGCACACUGCACAAACUGUACUGCUGGUCAGAGCUAUAACUAUAGCAUUCUCAGUCCGGAAUGUUGCGUUUCUUUUUUCCAUCAGUAUACAGUUUAUUUGUGAUUAAUAUUUUAAUGGCUAGUCUUAAAUAAUAUUAUGAAUAGGGGGAACAAUUCUUGUCUAAAAUUAAAGUUUUGCGUUACUUAUAAACAAACACAAUUCUCAAUACUACUUACCUAUUUACAAAUGAUUUGUUGACUAUAAUUGUGCUAGAAAACAUCUGAUGUCGCGAUUUGAAGAGGCUCCAACGGCUCACGAAUCUAGUUUCAGUUUGUGAUUUGUAGCGGUUAAAAUAAUUUUUACCAGCUAAGUCACGCCUGAGUAGUGUUUGUUGAAUCACACGCACGUUUGCGUCAAUGGUAAAGAAUGGAAAAAAAUAUUUAUCUGGGACCAAACCUAAAAUUUUAAACCUCCUCAAUGACUGAAUGACUAUCCAGCGGUAUUGAAAUGUGUAAUUCGGCAUUUAAAUCGGAAACAGAAAAGACAGAAAACAGAAAUGUAUCACAAAGUGAAAAAUUACGUCUUUAUGUUUGCAAAUUUAAAAUCGUGAAUUUCAAUACAAGCAUGAUUCCUAUGCAACCAACACAUUCUAGCAUUAAAGGUUCUUCGAUUAAAAAACUGAGUCAUAUCGCUGCAAUUACUAGCUAUUUCUAGAUGCUCAAAAGUUAAUUUUAGCCAUUUUCUCGCAUUCUCUGAAACCACGGGACGUCUCGAACCAGCUUCCUUCAAACAGCUAUGACAUCAUCAUCACGUUCCUAGUGCAAGAUGGACCCCAAUGGCCCGGUUCACUACGCGUAGGUAUGAUAGGUGUCUAUGAGGUGCCUGAUGAAUUUAAAAAAGAAAAACGUUGUUAGCCAAAUUUAAACAGUGAAUUAAAUAAUUUAAAAGUCUUGUGUGUAAAUGAUAGUAUUUUAUAGAUAGAGAGAUGUAUUGUUGAACAUAAGGUGAGAGGUGUCUGUGUUGUAUUGGAGCAGGCCGUAAGAUGAGGCACCCUCGCUCCGGUGCAUUUCCAUCCCCGGCAUCUCCUGCGAAUUGAAGCCUGUGGAUGAUCUGCGGCGGCUGGAGUUGGCGGACCCAAGAAAGUCUGGUUUUCGAGCUGUCACCCUUUUCAACGCCCCACCUUUAAGACCGGGAAUGAGCCAUCGGGUGCUUUAGCCAAGCCGCGGCCUGAAGUCCAGCUGCCGUCUCUCCCCCCCUCUCUUUCGAAGCGAGGGCCGAGGUGUCUCUGCCUGCGCUCAAUGGCGACAUAAUCCGGCCGAUUUCUGCAAAAACUCUCUGCCUGUCCCUCCGUCGUCCUCCUCCUCCUCCCCCUUCCUUAGCCUGCCUGCUGUUCUCUAUCCCGGGCGUCUCCUCCACCUGUCCCCGGCAGUCCACUCUCAGCCACAGUCUCCAGCCUCCACCCCAGCCCCCCCCUCCGUUCCCUGACGCUGGUGAUCUCAUCUCCCGAUCCCCGUCCCUCUCCGUGUCAGCCUCCCACACGAGCCCCAGUCCUCUCCCUCUCCAUGAUCGUUACGGUGAAGCCAGGAGGAGGGCUCCCGUUCCUUUGUCUGACGAUCCGUCUAGCCGGCUCCGCCAGCCCCCGGUCGCCUCCACAGACUCUGCGCUCCCUCGCCGGGAAGGAGUCGUUCGCCGAACAGCCGGAAUUAUGGACUGUCACCUUGAGUCUCGGGUAGAAUAUUAACAAAAACAUUUUUUUAUUUUCGCUGCCCUUCCCCCCCGCCUCUUUUCGUAUCGUUUCGGUACAGUAACGAGCAGAAAGUACAAGGAGGGACCAGGCUGAGCACCAUGUCGGAGGACAACAACGUGGACAAGUUUAUUAAGGAGACUUCAAUCUUAGAGGAAUACAACAUCAACUGGACUCAGAAACUUGGAGCUGGGAUCAGCGGUCCUGUGAGAGUCUGCGUGAAGAAGGCGACACAGGAGCGCUUCGCGCUGAAGAUCCUCAUUGACCGGCCGAAGGCGCGGAAUGAGGUUCGGCUUCACAUGAUGUGUGCCGGCCACCCCAACAUUGUUCAGAUCCUUGAGGUGUACGCCAACAGCGUCCAGUUCCCCCACGAGUCCAGUCCCAGGGCCCGGCUGCUGAUCGUCAUGGAGAUGAUGGAGGGAGGGGAGCUGUUCCACCGAAUCAGCCAGCACAGGCACUUCACCGAGAAGAUGGCCAGCCAAGUGACGGAACAGAUCAGCCAGGCUCUCCAGCACUGUCAUUCAAUGAACAUCGCUCACAGAGAUCUCAAGCCCGAAAACCUCCUGUUUAAGGACAAUUCGCUGGAUGCACCUGUUAAGCUGUGCGAUUUUGGAUUUGCCAAAAUAGACCAAGGUGACUUGAUGACACCGCAGUUCACUCCAUACUAUGUAGCACCUCAGGUACUGGAGGCCCAAAGGAGACAUCAGAAAGAGAAGUCUGGAAUAAUACCUACCUCACCAACACCGUACACUUACAACAAGAGCUGUGACUUGUGGUCUCUGGGGGUGAUCAUCUACGUGAUGCUGUGUGGGUACCCUCCCUUCUACUCCAAGCACCACAGCCGGACCAUCCCCAAGGACAUGCGCAAGAAGAUCAUGACGGGCAGCUUCGACUUCCCCGAGGAGGAGUGGAGCCAGAUCUCCGAGAUGGCCAAGGACAUCGUCAGAAAGCUGCUGAAAGUGAAGCCGGAGGAGAGGCUGACAAUCGAGGGGGUGCUGGCCCAUCCCUGGCUCAACUGCACAGAGGCCCUGGACAACGUGUUGCCGUCUGCCCAGAUGAUGAUGGACAAGGCAGUAGUUGCUGGUAUACAGCAAGCUCACGCAGAACAGCUGGCUAACAUGAGAAUACAGGAUCUCAAUGUCAGUUUGAAGCCCCUCAACUCCGUCAAUAACCCCAUCCUGAGGAAACGAAAACUGCUGGGCACGAGGCCGAAAGACAGUUUCUUCAUCCACGACCCGGAGAACGGAGGGGAGGACUCUAACGUGGCCCUGGAGAAGCUGCGGGACGUGAUCGCCCAGUGCAUUCUUCCACAGGCAGGAGAGAACGAGGAUGAGAAGCUGAACGAGGUGAUGCACGAAGCCUGGCGCUUCAACCGGGAAUGUAAACUCCUGAGGGACGGGCUGCAGGGCCUCAGCUGGAACGGGAGGACUUUCUCAGACAAGGUGGAUCGCUUGAAGCUGGCUGAAAUAGUGAAACAGGUCAUAGAGGAAAAAACAAAUUUGCAGGACUCUCAAUAGCAAGUGCUGUUAUUUUUUAUUUUCCCUUUAUUUUGUUUUGUAUAACUGUUCUUAAAAUAACUUGUAAAGAGUAAUUUUUAUGUAAAUGAAGUACAAGACUUGAGGAAUUUUUUUCAGACUUGCUUGGAAAUUACUGUACAGCUGCAGAUAAAAACAAAGGACUUGUUGGUACUGUAAUAUUUUUUACAAUUAACAAUGGAGUACGUAGCGUAACAAAGCCUAUAUUUUCAUUUCGCAAAAAAAAAGAAAAAGACAAAAAAUGAGUACCCAGUGGAAGGGAAUUCAUACAUUUUAAAGCUGCUUGUCAGGAAUGUCAGUAGUGGUGCUUAUUAUUUUAUUUUUGAUUUUAUGAAUGCUCUUUAUUUAUUUAAAAAGUCCUUUACUUGCUACCACGAGCAUCCACAGCCUGACACUUGGAUCAUAAAAAGUCCCACAGUUUGUAAACUGGCCUCCCUGCAGUUUCUUCCUUUUAGUCUGUGUGAUUGUCUUUUUGAUUUUUUAAAUGUGUUUCAUUUGCACCUCAUCUUGCUUAAAUUAAGCAUUUUAAGUUAAGCAUUUUCUACAGAGAACUGGAUGACAUUGAGGGCUUCUCCACUGACAUCUGCUACAGGAGUUUGAAUUGGGCACAGGUUCUUGUGCUUCAUUGCAACUUAAGUCAUGAAAAAAACUUGUGGGGUGCAGGGCACACAGAACCCAAGGGACUCCAAAAUUAUUGGUUGCACUAAUGCUGCAGUUUUCAAAAUGGUGUACCCAUGCAGAUUCUCUUUAAUUCUGUUGUUGGGGUCCUUCUGUGGCCUCUGAAGAUGCUUGAGUAACAACCAGUUUGGCUCCCUGCAUGCUUUAGGUUCCUCCCUACUGUACCACUCUGGAAACACUGCAUGUUCUCUGGCAAAGCUCCAGGAGCUGUGGUUGUGGCCAAAGCAGCCUUGGCCCAGCUGAAGCUCACCCACCUCCGCCAGUAUGAGCCCAUGACACAGCUCAACCAGGCUGAGUCUGCUUGAGAGGUCUCAGGCUCGCAAGGGGUAUUUUAAAAAAGAUCUACUUAAUGUUCCCGAAGCUUGCUCUACUCUGGGGAUCACAGUUGGGAAUCCUAGCUUUGGAGGCCUUCCCAUGCUCUCAUACAGUCAGACUAUUCCCGCUGGAAGAGUCCCAGAGUCUGGGGAUCAGAGCUGACGGUGCCAGGCAGUGCCAAUCGGCAAAACCAUCAAGCUCAGCAGGAUUGUCUGAUUCCCACAGAGCCCAGGAACCAUAAACAGGCAACCGUUUCAUGCCACUGUUGGAAGACAGUUAACAGAGUGCAAGAGCAUGAACUAGGCAGCUCUGUUUGUUCUGUGAUAGCGCCUCCUUCUGGGCAUCUGUGUUGAAUUGGAUGGAGCUGCAACUGUCCUGCACCUGGGGCUGGGGCUGGGGCUCUGCAGCUUCCAUGUGGGAACUGCGGUCAUGAGAAGUACAGUAUGUGUCCUAACGGGACACAGCUCUGUGGAUGGAGCUCUUUGGCUGUUGCUAAAGCACAGCAGGGUGUCAAACUGUAGGCAAGUCAGCAUCUCUGAGCCAAGGCAGAAAUUACAGGAAUUUGAUUUCAUUCCACUAUCUUCUUGAUUGAUCUUGUAUAUUUCAUUUUAUUCUUAUCUACAGUUUUGUAAUCAAUUUCAAGACAUGAUGAAGACACCUUCUGAUCCUGCAUGGUUUUGUCCGAUAGAUAUCUCAAUAUAUAGCACUUUGCUCCAUAUGGUGGAGGGGUGUCAGUCUGAACAGGCAUGCUAGGCCAGUGUCGUACUCAGUGGGUCUUUCGACAUCAUAAUCUCCCCAGUCCUGUUUUCAGGAUUGGAAACCCAUAAGAAAGCUGCUAAUUUAUGUCCCAUUUUGAGGUGGUUUAGUUUUCUGAACUAAUUACUCCCCCUGUGGAGAAAAAUACAGUAAGUGAAAUAUGGAGGGGAAAAUUCCUGUCUGUAUCUGUUCACAACAUGUGUAAGAAAAGGCAGGCUAAUACUGUAGCAUUUUCUUAUAGUUCCUGAUCUAUUACAUUGACUACAUUGACUUUCGCAAUUGACUGACAUUGUGAAAAAUACAUUUUGUUUUAAGAGUAUUUUAAAACCUGGAUCUCCGCUUUGUUUUUGCAGGGACAAAUGCAAUAGCCAGAUUGCUUUUUUAUUGUGUUCCUUCCAGGCAUAUAUUAAAUAAACAGGCCCUUUCAGGUGUGUCUGAGGGAGGCAAUGUGGAACUGCUCUCAACCUUUCUAAGGAAAAAAAAUGUAUUUUCCAUUUCAGUAUUAAAAAGAUCAAAUAAACAAUGAUUUUAGCAAACUUACACAGAUAUACCAGUCGAUGAAAGGAGUUUUUAAUGCUAUUAGUUGUGUUUCUUAUUGCUGUACUACAUUGAUUUAGAACAAGCUUUGAAGUCCAUCCUGUUAUACUAAUUUGCUCUGGUGUGGAAUGAGUACAUUACUGAGGCAUUUUAACAGAAGUAAUGAGCAAAAACCGUGCUAUUUCAGUCUUUCCAUGGCAGCAUUGUUCUCAGAUAAGUUAAAGUUUUUAGUAGCACAAAACACUUGAGAAGAUCUGCUUUCAGAUGCAUAAAACGAAGUAGGUGUGCAGGAAGGCCCAGCGCCGGUCCUGGAGGGUCAGUCUGUCUGCAGGGCUGCUGUCCAGCUCGGCUCUUAGUGGCCUAAAUCAGCCUGUUAAAUGCUUAUUUGGACCAAUUAACCAACUGCUCCCAGCUCUUAGGUGCUGAGACCUGAAAAACCUGGAGACGUGGGCCACCCCCCAUGAGAUUAGCCACCCCCAGCAAAACUGGGUCAACUAAAGCAGCCAUGGUGAAGUACCUCCCUCCAGAAGUCAACAGCGUUGCCCUCUGUUCUGACCCCUCCUCCUCUGUCCCUUUGAAAACCCUCCCAGAAAUGACCACAGCUUCCGACUGCCAUGGGAACCCACUUGAAAAUUCCCUGAAAAUGUCCAGUGUUUUUCUUCGUACUCCUGGUUUUUCACAGGUCGUCUUUUAAGGGUGUAGCAUAACAGCCGUGACUGGAAUAAAGGAGUGUGAGCAUCUCGCUUUCUCCUUUGGUGCCCGACAUAAGGCUGUCCAGGGUCGCUGCAGUCUGUGUUGCCUCGGAGAAAGAGGCAUGUCACAGGGCCAGAGCCAAAACACAGAGGGAGCCCAGAGAGGCGUUCAGCACUUACAGCUCUGUUUUUCACCACAAGUGGGAAAACUGUGGUUACAGUUCGGAUGGAAGAAGCAUGUUGGAUGAAUUCAUUUCAUGUUACUGUAUUGUUCUCUCAAUUGCCACUUUUGUAUUUAAGUUGCAUUGCAACCAUCUCCUCUGGUUGUCAUGAAUAUGCUGAAUAUUUAUAUUAAAAUGAUUCUUUACAGCA